AUGUUCAGCGACGACGAAGAUGUCAGCAGACACGCAGCUGUGCUGGACCAAGUUCACGACACUAUUAUUCACAGCAAGAAGUGGUCCUCAAAUUCCGUGGCCGCAGACAACUCCAAAGAGAAUCAAUCGCGAACCACAUUGGUUUCCCUUGAGAAUGAUCCAGUUUGUCGUCGUAUCUUGGCAGAGAAACGACGUCCACUGGGAGAUGUUUUCAUCCUUCCCAUGACGAAACCUGCUAGCGAUGGAAAUGAGUAUGAAUUUUCUAGCGAUACAGAAAAGGGGAAGAAUCAGGAUAGCACCCCUACUCGUUCGAUGGAUCGUACUCCCUCAGCCAAUACAUCUACUGCCCCUCAAAGCCGGCGUUCUACAAGAAGCAAUUCGGUGUCUUCUUCAAACACUCCACGUCUUUCUUAUCGCAAGCGAACUCGUCUCAGGAGACUGUUCAAAGCUUCAGUUUAUGCUAGCUUUUUCUAUUCAUGCUUUGAAACUCGGCAGUCUCAAAGUGACGAUGAUCAAGAGUUUAUUCCUUCGCUAUCCAUACCAGAGUAUGAAUCUUUACUAAGAGAAAGGCCUGAAUCGAAAAUGAGUUUGCGUCCCCGGAAAGAGCUCUGGACUGAUGAGGAUGAACUGCCACUGUAUGACAUUCAGUCGAUCAUGCGUAUGGAUAGCAUGGAUAAUGAGAUAUGCUCAAAAUCGGAAAAGCCCUCCGUGGAGCAAGAUCCAAAGAAAAGCUGCUGCAAUGAGGACGAUUGUGCUGAUUUCGCUUUCCUUCCAAGCAUAUUUCUCUCUAAAGGGGCUGAAGAAUUGACACCGAAAUGUUCUCGGAGGACUCCUGGGAGAGGUAGUUCGAAGAGAAAAUCGAGGCGAUCCACAAGAUGUGAUAGAAAGGCUUCAGAAAUGAAAACGGUGCACCCUCCUACAUCUGAGAAUCUGCCUUCAAAUGCAAAACGACGGCACUCUGGCUCUGAUACCGACAUGGAUGCACCGCUUUCGUUAUUCACAAAGUCAAGGUCCCGAGAUUAUCGAGCUCAAAUCCGAAUGAGACCUCCCCGUUCAACCACAUCCACUGAAGCAGGUAUGGAAAACAUUCAAAAAUCGUUAGAAGGGCUGAGCCUCGAGGAAAAGGUGGCCAAACUUGUAAAGCGACUUGCUGAUAGCGAAGAGCAUAAUGUGAAGUUAAAGGAAAAAGCAGCUCAGAUUCGCGAAGAUAGUUUGAAUAAGGUUCGUCUGCUCGAGCACGAACGACAUCAACUGUUGAACAACUUCGAGGAGCCCUUAAGAGAAAGACAAUACUGGCAAGAAUAUAACAAGGCCAAGGAUAUUGAAAUCAAACUGCUCAAAACAAAGCUAGAAGCUGCCGAAAUCUUUUGCGCAGAAAUCUGCCCUAGAAAAGGAGGAGUUGACGAGAACCUUGUUGAAGGUACUGCUCGAAUUGGAGGUGCUCUAGAGAAUGAAAAAGCUCUACGAGAAGAGGUUAAACGAUAUGCCGGACGAUACGAGGAAAUCACAAGAAGUCUUGCUGAAAGUAAUGCAGCAUUCGACAAAUUCAAGAAGGAAAUUGAUAGGGUGAAUUCGAACUUCAAAAAGGUAGAAACUGAUGCCUUCAAAUGGAAGCAAAAGUAUGAGGAG